AUGCCUCACCGGAGAGUCUUGUCAGCUCUGAGACGAAGAUCGGCCCGCCAUCUUCGGUACAGAAUGAUGCUCGCAAUCGACUUGGGAUUGUUCUCAGAUGUGGCGUCAAGAGGGCCAUACUGCAGGGUGAAUCCCAAUGUUCCUCUGUUGCGCCUCUAUUUUAAUGGUGGUGACACCAGGAAGGAUUUCCGUGUGUCCCGAGAGUCCCUGGAGAGCCUCAUCCAGCUCGUGGCAGACAAGGACCAUGGCUGGGAAAAGUCCUUUGAGGUCCUGGUUUUUGUGUUCUGGUUGGCCUGUGGAACGUCCUACCGGGUUGUGUCAGAGGCAUUUGACAUCCCCCGCACCACAUGCCAUGACAUGAUUCACCGGGUCAGCAAGGUCAUCCGGGGGGUGUUCAGGAGGCUCAUCCGCUUCCCUGACAUGGAGGAGCUGGAGGAGAUCGGUGCAGGAUUCCAGCAGCUGUCUGGUUGUCCGGCUUUCUGCAGAGUGGCAGGAAGCAUUGAUGGGUGCCAUGUCCGCAUUGUCCCACCCAGGCAGUUUGCAGGGGACUACUUCAACAGGAAGCUGUUCCACUCCAUCCAGUUCCAGGCCAUCUGCGACCACAAGGGUCGUUUCCUGGAUGUGGUGGUGGGCUUCCCUGGCUGUGUGCAUGAGGCCAGGGUCCUGAGGAGCAGCCCCUUCCAUGUGCACCAGCUGUACCCACCUCCUGGAUGGUAUCUGAUCGGGGAUGGCGGAUAUCCAUGCUUGGCUGAGCCGAUUUGCCUGUUGACAGGCUUCAGGGAGCCUGUCCGCAAUGCGGUGGAGGGCAGGUACAAUGCCAGGCUGUCCAGGGCACGGUGUGUGGUGGAGAGGGCAUUUGGAGUCCUCAAGACCAGGUGGCGCUCCAUAUUCCUCAAGGCACUGGAGGUGAAGGUGGAGUUUGUGCCAGAGGUCAUCACUGCCUGCCUUUUUCUCCACAACCUCUGCAUCAGCAAUGGGGACAUUUUGGAGCCUGAGCCUGUGGAAGAGGAAGAGGAAGAUGGUGGUGAUGGCGAUGGAGGGGAAGGCCACGAGCCUGUUCAGUGGUCUGGGGACACUCUCAGGAACAGGCUUGCAGCUGCAGUGUCUGCGCCGAGAGACCGGGUCCCAGUUCUGCAAGAACAUGACUAUUGUUAA